AAUCCCUGUUUCUUUGGUGAGCAUUUGGAAGUAAAUUGUUUCGAGCAAGGCUUCAUCAACGCAGAGGAUGAGGAACAACCUUAUAUAUCGAGCUUAGAGGAUGAAAAGAUGCCGUUUCUGCAGAUGUUACAGAGUGUGGAAUCUCCACAGCAGUUUUUCCCAUUCGCAGAGGCAAAUUUUCAAACACUUUUGAGGCUACAGAACCUGAAGAAACAACCAGCAUGGGAAGAAAAAGCUCACAUACCCAGGUUGGAGACCCAACUCCAUGCCAAAGAACUUGAAAGCUGCGUCACACACGACGUUGUCGAGAUCCCCUCGCCAGUGAAAUCCGAAAACAACGAAGAAUCUCAUCUUCUUCCUCGUUCAGCCACAAUGGUUCAGAAAGAACCCACCAAUCAAGCUGAAAAUUCUAGCAGAGACCCCAAACGGAGAAAGCGAAAGAGAACGAGACCUGUGAAGAACAAGGAAGAAGUGGAGAACCAGAGGAUGACCCACAUUGCUGUCGAACGGAACCGGCGACGCCAGAUGAACGACCAUCUCAGUGUUCUAAGGACACUCAUGCCUCCUUCCUAUAUUCAAAGGGGUGACCAAGCGUCUAUCAUCGGAGGUGCAAUUGAUUUCGUGAAGGAAUUGGAGCAACUACUUCAAACUCUCGAGGCGCAGAAGAGGAUUAGAAAGAACGAAGAGAUUGGAUCUCCUUAUGGAGAGACUGUGAAACCAUCAACGCUUAGCUACGAAGAAGGAGAAGUAGAGUGUUAUACUGGGGGCGAAGAAGAAGAGGUGAAGGAAGCAGAGAUCAUAGAGGUGAUGGUAAUUCAGACGCAUGUGAAUUUGAAGAUUCGAUGCAGAAAGAGACAGGGGCAAUUGAUGAGAGCCAUUGUUGGGUUGGAAGAUCUUAGGCUCAGCAUUCUGCAUCUCAACAUCACCUCCUCGCUGGGAUCGGUACUUUACUGUUUCAAUCUCAAGAUAGAAGAAGAGUGCAGGGUAGGGACGUCGGCGAAUGAAAUAGCAGAAGCGGUCCGGCAUAUAUUCAGACCCAUUGGUAAUCAGUAGGAAGACAGACACGGAGGGCACUGAGGUUGACGAUUGAGAGAGAGAGAGAGAGAGAGAGAGAGAGAGAGAAGAACAAGAAUAAAAGGACGACGAAGAAGAAGACGAGGAGGAGGAGGAAGAAGGAGAAGGAGAAGGCACGCCUUGGAAGGGAAACGGGGAACACAGGGCACUCAAAAUCUUGUCUGCUUUUAUGCAUGUGAGUUGUAUUUA